GUGUGCUUUGCAAGCUUUCUCAAACCUUUCUAAAAAUAGGAAAAAAAAAAAACAUUUCUCUUUGUUACAAAACAUGUCAAGAAAUGAUAAUUUUCAAAUACUGCAGAUCAAGACUCUUUCACUCAAAGUUAAUAUUCACUGUGAUGGAUGCAAGCACAAAAUUAGAAAAAUACUUAAGAAGAUUGAAGGAGUUUACUCUGUAGAUAUAGAUUCGGAACAACAAAAAGUCAACGUUUCUGGAAACGUUGACUCGAACACCUUAAUCAAGAAGCUGAUAAAAUCAGGUAAGUAUGCAGAGGUUUGGCCAUCUAGUGACCAAGAAGACUCUACUUGCCUAAAUGAUGGAAGCUACCAAAACCCGGUUCAAAACCGGAUAACAAACCCGAAUGGUCUGAAAAGUCAACCUUUGUUGACUCUUAAUUAUCCUAGAAACCUUGAAGAGGAGAUGGCUUUUCAAAGGUAUUUGAACCAAAGGAUGGAUAUGGAGAAUAAUCUAAUUGGAGCGAAUGGGUCGGGUUUUAUUGACCUAGAAGGAAGUCAACUUGGCGGACCCUUUAACGGCGGAUUACAAACUUACCAUGAUGAUCAAGCGAGAAUGCCCGUGUAUGAUCAAGGAUAUCCAUCACCGACGAUGAUGAACAUGCACGCUAGUAUGGGAAAUGCAAUUGUGCAUUAUAACAUGUAACAUGCAUCAACACAUGUUACUAGUUACUACUAAACAUAUAACAUGUAAUGUGUAAUAUGACUAGCUUAAGUUGAACUUUGUAGUGUUACGCGUAAGUUGUUUUAUCAGAAUCGUAUUAGUGUUAAUCGAGAGAUGCUCGGAUAUGUCUAGACAUUAGACGAGCAUGAUUUUGUUACUUGA